ACCUUAAUGCUGUCAUCAAACAUGUACCCUCUAACUGUAACGUCUCCGAUUCCAUAACACGGUGCGUGCUACCUAAGACCAUCGAUGUCGACCAGCUCAACGACGCCAUUCAGUCUUCAACGGUUAUCUAUACACCUACUGAGGACAAUGUCGACCCUUAUUCGCAGGAAUCUGCUGUGACAUCAGAGGACGCGGGGUGUGGGCUUCACGCCCACACCAUAGCAUCGUCUAUGGACGAUGCGGGGUACGCCUUUUCCUUCGAUGACAUGCCUAUCUAUAAUCUCGAGGGUUCUACAGCAAGCUGUGCCUGUGAUCACCACUCCUCUAACAAUAAGGUCAACUUGAUCAACUGCGAUGGUCUCAACUUGCCUAAUGUCGAUGGCUCUAAUUUGACCGACGAGGAGAAGAUUGAGCUCAAAGCCCUUCUAGAGUAUGUCGACACUUCUCGUGGUAUACCUACCACAUCUGUGUCUACCUUGGAUGAUAUUGAGCUCAAGCACCGUUUGACUAUCUGU